CUGUUUGCUGUAUGUUAAAUUAACUGUGAUCCAGGCUGUUUGUUUUGAAACUGGAUUUAAACUAAUAAUAAGAAGAAAUCUAAAUAAAGAAGUAAAACGUGGAUGUGGUAAAAUUUGUCCACAUUAAGAUAAGUAAUCCUGUGAGGGACAGAAGGUUCACUGUUCUGUGCAUGGACGGAAAGCCAAUGCGCAGGUGUAUCAGUGCACACCCAGUAGAUACCACCGGAAUGGACAUCACCAGCCGAUGCACCCUUGGUGACCCCAACAAGCUGCCGGAGGGAGUGCCACAGCCGGCACGAAUGCCCUAUGUGUCAGACAAGCACCCACGGCAGACUCUGGAGGUUAUCAACCUGCUGCGCAAACACCGGGAGCUAUGUGACGUGGUCCUGGUGGUGGGCGCUAAGAAGAUCUAUGCCCACCGCGUGAUCCUGUCGGCCUGCAGCCCUUACUUUCGCGCCAUGUUUACAGGUGAGCUGGCUGAGAGCCGGCAGACGGAGGUGGUAAUCCGUGACAUUGAUGAGCGUGCCAUGGAGCUCCUCAUCGACUUCGCCUACACCUCGCAAGUCACUGUCGAGGAGGGAAACGUGCAAACCCUGCUCCCUGCUGCCUGCCUUCUGCAGCUGGCUGAAAUCCAGGAAGCCUGCUGUGAGUUCCUUAAACGGCAGCUAGACCCCUCCAACUGCCUGGGCAUCCGUGCGUUCGCUGACACCCACUCUUGCCGUGAGCUGCUUAGGAUCGCAGACAAGUUCACUCAGCACAACUUCCAGGAGGUAAUGGAGAGUGAGGAGUUUAUGUUGCUGCCAUCCAACCAACUGAUCGAUAUUAUUUCGAGUGAUGAGCUAAAUGUGCGCAGUGAGGAGCAGGUGUUCAGUGCAGUGAUGGCCUGGGUGAAAUACAGCAUUCAAGAAAGGCGCCCCCAGCUACCACAGGUGCUGCAGCAUGUUCGAUUACCACUCCUAAGCCCGAAGUUCUUAGUUGGGACAGUGGGAUCGGAUCCACUUAUAAAGAGUGAUGAGGAGUGCAGAGACCUGGUUGAUGAAGCCAAGAAUUACCUGCUCCUACCUCAAGAACGCCCCUUAAUGCAGGGACCAAGAACGCGCCCACGAAAGCCCAUCCGCUGUGGAGAGGUUCUUUUUGCAGUUGGAGGCUGGUGCAGUGGGGAUGCAAUUUCCAGUGUGGAGCGAUACGACCCCCAAACAAACGAAUGGCGCAUGGUGGCUUCAAUGAGCAAGAGACGCUGUGGGGUUGGUGUGAGUGUCCUGGAUGAUCUCUUGUAUGCAGUAGGAGGACAUGACGGCUCUUCAUAUCUUAACAGUGUAGAAAGGUAUGAUCCCAAGACAAACCAGUGGAGCAGUGAUGUGGCCCCCACAAGCACCUGCAGGACCAGCGUUGGAGUGGCUGUCCUUGGAGGAUAUCUGUAUGCAGUGGGGGGGCAAGAUGGGGUCUCCUGUCUCAACAUUGUUGAAAGGUAUGACCCUAAGGAGAACAAGUGGACACGGGUUGCCUCAAUGAGUACCAGACGUCUGGGAGUGGCAGUUGCAGUGUUAGGAGGGUUCCUGUAUGCAGUAGGGGGGUCAGACGGGACGUCCCCUCUCAAUACUGUUGAGCGCUACAACCCUCAAGAGAACCGUUGGCACACUGUGGCGCCAAUGGGAACCCGUCGUAAGCAUCUAGGCUGUGCAGUGUACCAGGAUAUGAUCUACUCUGUGGGAGGACGAGAUGACACCACGGAGCUCAGCAGCGCAGAGAGAUACAACCCCAGAACCAACCAGUGGUCUCCUGUGGUGGCCAUGACAUCACGAAGGAGUGGGGUUGGUUUAGCUGUAGUAAAUGGACAGUUGAUGGCAGUUGGAGGCUUUGAUGGUACAACAUACCUGAAAACCAUUGAAGUGUAUGAUCCUGAUGCUAAUACAUGGAGGCUUUAUGGUGGAAUGAACUAUCGCCGGCUUGGUGGAGGAGUAGGGGUAAUUAAAAUGACUCACUGUGAAUCUCAUAUAUGGUAACCCUUGUGCCUCCACAUCUUGAGCUGCUUAUUGGACAUGUUAACCACAUGUAUAAUAGAUUAUACAAAAAAAAAACUAAUAAAUACAAAUGAAAAAACAUAAGUGAUACAACCUGGAUUUAUACCUGAAUGAUCCCUGCAGUGCAAGAUGUCCAAAUGAUCCAUCCUUGAAGUUUGUUUCUAUGCACUUUUAUUGACUGGAGUGCACCUUUGACUGCAUUUUAGUGCCUAUAUAGAUGUCAUAUUGCAGAAAUUUAUGUUUUUUAUUUUGGAUGCAUUACCUGGCAAAAGACUGAAGACUUUAUGGACAGCAGUUGCUGCAUAGAGACAGUAUUUACUUGUUUUUAUGCAUUCUAAAUCUAUCCAGUGCUAUGGUGGUUGAAUGCCAACAUUAAGAAACGGUCAAGAUAUAUUCUGAAGACAAAACGUCACCACUCCUUACAUACAGUGGAUUCAGCUUGCAUGAGGCUGCCAAGGACUUGUCCUCUUUGCCAAGUGAAGAAGCAAUAUCGGUUGACCGAAGUCAUUCAGCAAGACCAUUUUAUACAAUGAUUAAAUUGUUUGAAGUGUCUGUGAAUAUGGUUUGUUCCCUUAAAUCUUGACAGAGUAUUGUCUCAGGUGGGGCCUGGCCUUGUUGAAUGCCUACUAGUUACAUUAACCAGCUUAAGCCUGCCAUGAUUAAUAUAAAAUAUGGGGGAGGGGGGUUAUAAUUUAAUUUGCUCAUCUGUCUAUUUUAUUUGUCUUUUUGGAUUAUCAACAUACAAGACACUGCUUAUAUUUUUUUCAGUAGAACGUUAUUCAUACUCCUAAUAGACAGUUUAGUAGAUAUCUUUUAUCUCAAGUGGAAUAAUAAUUGUUUUUCCAGUUUUCAUUUUCUAAUAUACACUGCUUUGAAAAUAGUCUUCUAACUGCAACUUAAACAUGUAUCCUUUAUUGGAUAUGUGCUCAAUUUGAAAGGUGUUCUGCAGCCAAGGAUCUGCACAUUGGAUACUGUAAAGUGUAAAAGCUUUGAAAAGUGAAACUAGUAUCUCAAGUACAAGCCAGAAUCAGUAUUAAAACCAUUAAUUUAUUGCUCAUUGUCUAGGAUGCUAUAUUUGAACUUUCCAGGUAGGAUAGAUCAUUUAACAAUUAAUGCCAAAUUCCAUUAAGAUGCUCCUAUUUAUGUUUGCAUGUCGGUCAUUGGAAAAUUCCUACUGUAGAUUUGUGAAGUGCUAUGUGAGCUGGGAGGAUAUAGCAUGCUGAUAAAAUGUUUAAAUGACAGUCAAUAUUUUUGCAGUUAUUACACCAUACAUGACACUGCCAUGUAAUGUUUUACUGAGACAUUCACAGGUUAGUGGAUGUUACUAGUGUGCUAAUGAGGGUGCAGGAUUUUACCUGGACUAGUUGAGCAUAGCGAUUUAGAAUUUCAGAUUAAUACUGGACAUGUACAUUUUGGAUUUAAAUUUAGACAGGACUCCCUUGACAAAAAAAGUCACUUAAUUCAGAUAUUACUGUCUUUAUAAUUGUAAACCAUUAAUAUUAACAAUAUUUGGUUAGUUUCUCAGUGGUGAAAACAGCAUAAUUGUAUAUUGACGCAGAUAAGUUAUGCAAUUUGAACCACUUUCUCACUUUUAGGGGAGAAAGGAUUUGUCAAAUUUAAAGAACGUAGUCUUCAGUUUAGUUUGACUCAACAUUAAUGGCUUCUGAUAUCAUUUGAUACCAGGUAAAACUUGUUCCCAUUGUUUAGGACUUGAUAACUAGGUACUCUAAUUAGUUUGCUAUUUUCUUCCUGCUGCUUUUGUCCAGAUCAAGAUGAUCAAAUGAGUUAAGCCAGGGUCACACAAUGGGUCUGUGGUUAGACAGGAUUCAAACCUAUGAUCUCCCAGGGUUUUUUUGGUCAACACAAUGGGCUGUUAAAUGUACAUUUUAUCCAUAUAUUCAGUUAUUUAACAGGGCAGGUGGAUUAAGCCUAAAACUAACAAGUCACAUUUGGGUGACACUUAAUAGAAAGAAAUGUACUGUACUACAACUUUCUAUACAGUAUUGUUCAAUUUGAUAUAAAGCUAGAAAUUUGACUGAUUAUUUGAUGUGUACGGAUAGAGAGCACAUUAUAAUCUUUAACAAAUCCACACCAUUACCUGGCUGUUGAACAAAAAAGGUUAAUUUGAUUAUUAUCCAUUCAUCUAAUGUUAUUGUAUAUAAACCUGAAACAAUUCACUUCUGUAAAUAAAAUAAUUUUACAUUGUCAAUUUAAUUAAGAGCAGGCAAGUUUACAGGCAGUAAG